UUCUAGAAUUUUGGAGAUGUUCAUAAAUGAUAACUGGAAAAGCUAUAGCAACCGAGGUCAGCAGGCUGCGUCAAAGUCAAUCAGUGUUCCUGCUGAGCUGUCGUCAUUCACCAAGGAUACGGACAGUUUGAAACCUGUGCCAAAAUUAUCUCGACAGUUGUCGCUGCCAGCAUCAUUGAGGAGACGAAAGAAGAACAAGCCAGGUUAUGGACGAUGUAAAAGCAUUUCUACGUUGGCAACCGGUAGAGCACCUGACAUUGCUGGUAUGGUAUCAACAGUGGAUGACGUGACGUUGAUGCCUACGUCAACACUCUGUGGAAAAAAUGCCAAAGCUUUACCCAGUUUAGAAAAUGGUUUUCUUGUACAAAUUUUCCGCUACACUCGUCAGAGGAUUCCCACUUUAAAUGAAUACUGUGUUGUCUGUGAUGAACCUCAGAUUUUUCAAAAUGGCGCCAUGUUGCAGGUGAGUCACUAGUGGUGACGUUACAGGUAACAUAAAAUCAGGCAGUUUCUAAAAUCCUUCCAAAAUCAUGGUUUUUCACUUGUAAUGUGAA